UACCAAAUGAGCCACACCUGGACGUACACAAAUGUCAUCAUUUGCAAGAUGUUUUUUUUCUUUAACAGUUUGAUAUCGUGGACGGCAGGUAUUCUGUUAGUGGUUGUGGCUAUAAUCAGGUACAGAAAGAUUUGCAAACCUUUUGGAAAACAAAUCAACAACAAAGCAACAAAAAUAAUUUGCGCUUUUGUUGUAGUAUUGUCGAUCGUAUUCAGCGUACCAUUUGCAGUCUUCUAUGGCAUUAUUACUGCACACACUGGGCAUAAGGGCAUCUCUGGCUACAACUGUGGAGUAUCUGACGCGUAUGUCCUCUCACCCUGGCCAAUGAUUUUCCACGGGCUGAUUAUCCUGGUCUUCAUUACCUGUUCUGUGACCCUCUCCACGCUCUACAUUUUGAUUGGUUUAGAGGCCAGACGACGCCGAAUAUCCCCAGGUGUGGUAUCGAUACAAACAAAUAAUCGGCUACAACAUUUUAAUCAAAUUAAAGUAGAAAUCACUCGACCUUCCGACGAGUCACAUAGUGAAUCAGAUGAAGCAGUUGACCAGGAUAUGUCAAGAAUGAAUGACGUAAGUCAUGAUUGCAGCAACCACAGCAUCGAUAUCACAAAUGAAACAGAAACUGAUGUAAGUGAUACUAAUGUAUCUUUUGAAAACAACACAGCCGUUCCAACACUAGUGACCACUGCAGCUGUUCCUGCAAUGACCACUACAUCUGCCGCAACAUUGACCGGUAAUGCAAGCGAAGCAUCAAGUUACAAAAACACUAGAAUCAAGAAAACAAGACAUCAAAAACCUGCAGGCAAAACAACUCGUAUGCUAGUAGCAACCAGCGUCAUCUACAUCAUCAGCAACAUGAGUACCCUUUUCACAAUUUUGAUCUUUGUCGCCUUUAAGUUAACCGGUAAAUUGUCGUUGGUGGAAGUUUCAAUUGUAAACAUUGCUUUUAUUCUAUAUCUAGUCAACAGCUCAGGUAACCCAUUUAUUUACAGUAUUUGUAAUCCAAACUUUAGACGAGAUUGUUUGGCUGUCUUUCGACGUAUAUUUAAAAAAAAACUAAUGUUUUAGUUUUGUCUUAACUCACAUUUUGUAAACAAAUUCUAAGUUGCAUUCAUUGACCAAUGAGGAAAAGAAUAUCAGUAUAUGUAGCAUAUAAAUUUUAUGUUAAAUAUGUAUUUAUUGAUAAAUAUACUAGUUUGGAUAAAAAAAUAUUCUUCGAAAAAUAGUUAUUGCUUGUUGAAGUAGUUAACCAACGAAAAAAAAAAUGUGUUGAUCAUAUGUAAAUUUUCUUUAAUAAGAGUAACCCCAACGUCGCUAUUUCACUUUGAAAUAUAGCAG